CUCUCCCAUGCUGCACUGCGCUCCAGGAGGAGGGGGAGAAGGAAGAGCGGCGGUAGUAGUGGUGGAUGUCGGGCCGCCUGUGCUCGCUAUGUUGCAGUAAGUUGGGGCCUACUGCCUCCAGUCCCCGUCUAUGAGGCCCGAGCCCGCGUCUGGAGCGGUCACCGAUCCCGGCGGUGCCUAUGUGGAAUGAACAACCCAUGCGUCGUAGGCAUGAAUGAAGUGGCUUGGCAAGAGACCAGAGGAAUAAUGCAUGCGAGCAAUGGGCAGGAUGCACUUGGGGUUGGGAUGGUCCCCUCCGGAGGAACAGCGUCGGGGCCCAUUGGGAACCAUCCACAUGCCAUUCCUCCCGGUGCUUCCAACGCACAGGUGCCCUUGAGCGGCCGCUCUCAGGAUGAUGCCACGGUGGGAUAUUUCUUCCAAAGACAAGCAGGAGAACACGUGAACGGCUACUCCAACAAGCACCGAUGGCCAACAGGAGAUAGCAUGGAUGCUUCGGUGAGGUCUGCCGAUGACUUGAAUCAUGGUUUCCAGGCUCUGGCUUUAGAAUCUCGAGGCAUGGGAGAGUUGUUACCAGCAAAAAAGUUUUGGGAGCCGGAUGACCCCUCUAAAGAUGGCCAGAAAGGGAUGUUCCUAGCAGAUGAAUGGCGGGAGAAUGCAUGGGGGGCGUCUCACCAUUCCAUGUCCCAGCCAAUCAUGGUACAGCGAAGACCUGGGCAAGGCUUCCAAGGGAACCAUGAUGUGAAUUCGGUGCUCUCACCCAGGUCAGAAAGUGGUGGUCUGGGAGUGAGCAUGGUGGAGUAUGUUCUGAGCUCCUCGCCUGCCGACAAACUUGACCCAAGAUUUCGCAAAGGAGCCUAUGGUGCUAGAGAUUGUGAUUUGGAUGGAUCAGAGAAAGGGGAACAGAAGGCAAAAGCAUCUCAAUUUGAAGAGGAAAAGAAACGAGAUAUGAUAUCUGUUGAUGGCGAUGAGGUUUCAAAGCUGAAUGGCCGAGGACUUCCAAAUGGCAUUGACGCUGACUGUAAAGACUUCAAUCGUACUCCAGGAAGCCGCCAAGCUUCUCCCACUGAGAUAGCUGAGAGAAUUGGCCCAAACCACAAUGUCCCAGAUGGAUUAGGACAACUUUCCAACCAAAUGGUCAACAAGCCUAUGACAGAUGAGUUUGCCAACCCUGAAAGUCAGAACAUGGAUGGGAUGGAGCAAGUCGGUCUGGAUUCUUUGCAGUUUGACUACCCUGGCAAUCCCUUACCGAUGGAAUCUGCCGGAGCUGGUGUUGGACUAUUUGAUUAUGGAACUCAGCAGCAGCUCUUCCAGAGACAAAAUGCUUUUGCAGUGCAACAAUUAAAUGCAGCCCAGCAACAGCAGCAACAACAGCAGCAGCAGCAGCAAUACGCCCUGGCAGCAGCCCAACAGUCCCAUCUCGCCGGUAUGUUUUCAGCGGGUCUAGCUCCAGCUGCCUUUAUGCCAAACCCUUAUAUCAUCAGCACGGGUCACCCUGGCACAGAUCCCUACACCGCGGCUGGCCUUGCUGCUGCAGCAACAUUGGCAGGCCCUACAGUUGUCCCUCCACAAUAUUACGGUGUACCGUGGGGAGUGUAUCCAGCUGGAUUAUUUCAGCAACAAGCAGCCGCUGCGUCUGCUGCCAACAACACCAACCAGCAGGCAGCAACACAGGCAUCCCAGGGACAACAGCAGGUUAUGCGCUCUGCCACAAACCAGAGACCACUAACACCAAACCAAGGACAGCAAGGACAACAGAAUGACAAUCUAGCCGCUGCUAAUUCUGCCCUGGCCUUUGGACAGGGCCUGGCCACCAGUAUGUCAGGCUAUCAAGUCCUUGCCCCUACUGCCUAUUAUGAUCAGAAUGGUGCUUUGGUGGUCGGCCCAGGAGCAAGGGCCGGACUGGCAGCCCAAGUGCGUUUGGUGGCAUCCACCCCAGUUCUCAUCAGUCCUGCAGCAGCACAAGCUGCAGCAGUAUCGGCAGCUAAUAACAACAGCCUUACAGCAGCUGCAAAUGGCAUCUUCCGCCCUAUGGCCCCUCAGCAACAGCAGCAGCAGCAACAGCAGCAGCAGUCACAGCCAAACACCAACCUCCAUUCCAGUUCAUUUUAUGGGAAUAACUCUCUGACCAACAAUUCCCAGAGCAGCUCUUUAUUUUCACACAGCCAGGGGCAACCUGGAAACACUUCGCUGGGGUUCGGCAGCAAUAGCUCUCUGGGAGCCGCCAUCGGCUCAGCCUUUGGAGGCUUUGGAUCAUCAGUUGGCAAUUCCACGGGUAGUAGUGGCUCAAGGAGAGAUUCCUUGUCUGCUAGCUCAGACUUGUACAAAAGGUCUAGCAGCAGCCUGGCACCCAUAGGGCAGCCCUUUUACAAUAGCCUGGGCUUCUCAUCCUCUCCGAGUCCAAUAGGCAUGCCUCUUCCAAGCCAAACGCCAGGACAUUCACUAACACCACCACCAUCCCUCCCAUCACACGGAUCUUCAUCCAGUUUGCAUUUAGGCGGGCUGACCAAUGGCAGUGGGCGCUAUAUAUCUGCUGCCCCUGGAGCCGAGGCCAAGUACCGCAGUGCUGCUAGCACAUCUAGCUUCUUCAGCUCCAGCAGCCAACUUUUUCCACCCUCCCGUCUGCGAUACAGCCGAUCUGACAUCAUGCCCUCUGGGCGCAGCAGACUGCUGGAAGAUUUCCGCAACAACCGCUUCCCCAAUUUACAGCUCAGGGAUCUGAUUGGGCAUAUUGUUGAGUUUUCCCAAGACCAGCAUGGCUCCAGGUUCAUCCAGCAGAAACUGGAACGGGCCACUCCAGCAGAACGCCAGGUAGUGUUUGGAGAAAUCCUCCAGGCCGCCUAUCAGCUGAUGACUGAUGUCUUUGGAAAUUAUGUCAUUCAAAAGUUUUUUGAGUUUGGCAGCAUGGAUCAGAAGUUGGCACUGGCAACACGAAUACGCGGACAUGUACUUCCCCUGGCUUUACAGAUGUACGGCUGCCGUGUUAUUCAGAAAGCACUGGAAUCCAUAUCUCCGGAUCAGCAGAGCGAGAUGGUGAGGGAGCUGGAUGGGCAUGUUCUGAAGUGUGUAAAAGAUCAGAACGGAAACCAUGUGGUACAAAAAUGUAUCGAAUGUGUUCAGCCACAGGCUCUCCAGUUCAUCAUUGAUGCUUUCAAAGGACAGGUGUAUGUAUUAUCCACCCACCCCUAUGGCUGCAGAGUAAUACAGCGCAUACUGGAGCAUUGCACUGUGGAACAGACUAUGCCUAUUCUGGAUGAGUUGCAUCAAAGCACAGAGCAGCUAGUACAGGAUCAGUAUGGUAAUUAUGUCAUUCAGCAUGUAUUGGAACAUGGCCGCACUGAAGACAAGAGCAAGAUAGUUUCUGAGAUAAGAGGAAAGGUUUUAGCCCUCAGUCAGCACAAAUUUGCAAGCAAUGUUGUAGAGAAGUGCGUCUCCCAUUCGUCCCGUACGGAGAGGGCUUUGCUCAUCGAUGAGGUCUGCUGCCAGAAUGACGGUCCUCACAGUGCCUUAUACACCAUGAUGAAGGACCAGUAUGCAAACUACGUAGUGCAGAAGAUGAUUGACAUGGCUGAGCCCGGUCAGCGCAAAAUCAUCAUGCAUAAGAUUCGACCACACAUCACCACACUGCGUAAAUAUACCUACGGGAAACACAUACUGGCCAAGCUGGAGAAGUAUUACAUGAAGACUAGCACUGACCUGGGGCCGAUGGUAGGGCCCUCCAAUGGAAUGCUGUAGUGGAAGAGGAAGGAAAGAAGAAUACAAUACCGAUAUUCAUCACACCUCUCAACCUUUACAAGAAGCUAUCCAACCUUUCCACUUCGCUUCCUAUAAGAAGAGCUGAUGUGUAUCACACUAUUUAUUAUUUUCCCACUUGAAAUCUCACUGUGGCUCCGGGUGUACAUUUUGGGCCUGCCUCCAGCUUCAGUGGAAGACUCACCCAACUGCCUGUUAGUUUAAAAAAUAAUUAAAACCAGGGCCUGUAAAUGAUGUAAUUGUAUCAAGCUGUCACAUAUUUUGUAAAUUUUUACCUUGUAAAGUUCCUGUAAAAAGUGGUAGUUUUUAAAAGGGAAAAGUACAGUAUUUUAAUAUGCUGGUUUGCCAGUUGGGUUAGUCUCUCACGAGCAUGGAGUAUCUGCUUGUAAAUAGAGUAUGAGUCUUAUUUUGUUGCAUCUUAUUUUAUUUUGUUAAUUAGCUAAUUUACAGGUGAUCAAAAUACAUGGGCACAUUUUAUAGAUAGACUGUGUGCUAGUUUACUGGAGAUGGUAGUCUAGUUAUGUGAAGGUGAUAGAGGCCUGUCAGUCCACUGGGCAGUAGCCGUUUAGGCUAAUGCGUGGUUGGACAUGGCACUAGUUUGACUAAAGCCAUGUUUUAUGAUGUAAUGAAGAAGGAAGGCUGUGAGGAGCUGAUCAGUAGGUGGUUUAGAAAUUGGUCAGUAUCCCCGAUUCGCUGUUGGAGGAAUCUUCCCUGCUGGCUAUCGUACUCAGAUAGUUGUAGCACCUGCGGCUGCCUGAAUACCCCAACAGUGAGUGCAUGGUCAAAAAUUUUCCACCCAUCUCCUUAGAUUUUUAAAUCAAUUCUUUCAUUCUGGGUCACUCACGACUCAAAUUUGAGCCUGAUUAUCGGAUAUACAAGCUGUGUAUGGCCGGUUUAAGGCUAAUGUAUGGUUAGACGUGGAUUGGUGUGACUGCAGCCAUGUUAUCUGACCUAACUGUCCAAAAUACACAAAUGAUAUCUGCAAGACAGCCAUUUUGUUACAGGGCGAUGAGAGUGCCCAAAUGUAUGGUAAGGCUUUCCAUUACGGUUACUACUGUUGUCAAGAUUACUUUUUCGUCCUUUUAGGCAAAGGACACACCGAACUGAAACCUGUGCUUUGCCCAAGGCAAGGCAAUACCUCAUCCCCAACGCACCUACUUUGCUCCCCAGCCACUUUGUUCAAUGCCGGGAGCCAAAGGAAACUGCCAUUACUUUGGGUAUUCAGAAACGUGCCUGGCAAUGUGAUAGCAUUGUGCCAAUAGCCCUGAGUAAGAUACGACUUUUAGGAUUUGUAGCUUAAAUGGGGAUUUUGCUUCCAGAGGCAGAACAAGGCAGUGUGGGAGUGAAAGGAAAGUACCUAUAUGCUGCUGGGGAGAGGGGGAUUAGAGUGAACAUGUUCUUUGCCCUGAAUGGCAAAGAAUAGGUUUGCUUUAGAUCACGAUUUCUUGGGUCAAGAUGACUUUUUUUCAUUCAUCUGCUCUAGAUCAGAUCACCAUCAUAGGAUUUGAAGCCCAGGAAAAGAGAAAAUGGACUUACUGUGUCUCGGGUACACUGUAAAGGCUUAUCUUUUUAGAGAGACUUGAGCAUGAUACACAAGUAUCUCCCAUAGUUUGUCUACAUGAAUAAACUAGUAUUUUUUUUCUGACAACCUUGUAAGGUGUACGCACCUGCAAAUUAAUUUUUCUGUUCCACCAGUUGAGUUGGAUGAGUUUUUCAGACAGUGAUUAAUGCGUUUGAAAUCUAAUGAGCAACACCUCUGUCAGAAAGGAGGUCUGGUGAGCACAUCACGGCCCCAUCUCAAGGUCAUAUUCAUGAUGCAAAGAUACAGUUGCUGUUUUUUUUUUUGUUUGUUUGCCGAUUUAAGAGGUGCACGAUUUCUCGGACAUCAUUCACAUUGUAUUACUUGCCCCUGCCUAUCAUAAACAACACAAACUAACGGCAAGCUUUUGCUGAGAUAAAGAGCCUUGACCCUAUAUGAGUUAUGAAUCAUUCCCAUAAAAAGUGUGGGAAGGAAAUAAAAUCUCUGCCAGCCAGUUAGCAGGAAGGGAUUAAAUCAACUGCAGAAAUCCAUGGGAGUUCAUUCCACCCAGAUUAGGAGGAGUAGCUGCACACAUUUCUCUGUGAAGGUGACUAAUGCACACGUCCCCUGGUAUUUUUGACCCAAACUACUGAAGUCCUAAUUGUAGCUUGUUUUUUUUCUAUUUUAUGUUUAAAAUCAGGCUGCAUGAAUCAAUGGUGUUUGUAUGUUUUUUCCCCUUGUAUUGCUCUUGCCCUAUUCCUAUAUGAAUCUCCAUGGCCACAUGCUUCGAUCUGCACCUUUGCACUGUGUGAGAGUAAACCAUCCAGAUCUCCAGUGGUCCCAUGUACCCCUUUUACAAUGCCAACAAUCCCUGAAAAGAUUGGGCAGGGGGACAACUGGAGGGCGUUGACCAUUGCUUUCGCCGAGCACAGUGGCUUGCAUAGGGAUACGGCUGAAAUGGUACAAUAAAGAUGUACAAUUGUUUUUCAAUUUAUGUAGCCUGAUCUUAAAUCUAAAAAUGUAAAGCCUACAACUGGGCAUUACAAAAUUUCUGGAACUAAUCGGGGGAUUUCUAUGUUCACAUCUGAACAGAAUGUGUCUAAUAUGAAGUACUUAACAUUUUGUGGAGCUUAGGAAGAAAUAAAAGUCCUUUUGGUCUUUGGUUGACUUAUGCCAUGUGGGUAAAGAUGUAGUUUUUUUGUCUGACCCAGUUAAGCCCUCGUUCACAUUGAAACAACUUAUCAUGCGAUUUGAUGUGACAAGUCACAUCCUAUUGCUGCCAAUUGUACUGUUCAAAUUGGUGUGAUGCUAACUUUGCAGUGCUGCAUCAAUUUGAAAAAGUAGUACACGACUUUUGGUGAUUUCAGGUGCGACUUGAAUAGAUGUGUGCAGGAAGAUGCACAGAUGUCUUCAAAGUCGCACUGACUUGGGGCUUUGAAAUCGUGCGAUCUCGGAUGACUUGUUCAUAUAAUGGCGUGGAUAUAUGCAUCUCAGACCCUUUGCACCCCAGAUGGGUUAUGAGCCCUUGUUAUCUACAGUAAGGACAGUAGGUAGUAUUUUGCUGAUGCCUACAACACCAGUGAAUUUUGAACGAUUCUAAAGAACGAGGCGAUCAAUUACAUUUUAGUUUUUCGCUCAUUUACUACCGUAUGGGCAAAUGGGAUUUAGUGUGCUAAUCCUGCUGUUACUUUCCCCCCUAUUUUUGUGGAUUCCUCUGGUGUGGUUCAUUACAACCUCAGGCUGCUAUAUUAAUAAAUUCUCAAACUAGCAAAUAAAAACUCAAAAUGAAAUUGUAACCUGUCUGUAGACAACUCCAUUUUUGUUUCUCUAGCACAUAGUUGAGCACUGACAAUGAAUGCUUUCCUCUGCAGUGGUAGUAAAGUCGAUGUAUCGUUAUGUAUUUUUAUUUUCCCUUGCAUAUAGCAGUGUGUGACUUUUCUUUCUGUUUUUUUUUAUUAGUCGCUAAGUUUUUUUUGUUUUUUAAUUUGCGGUCAUUAGCCAAAACACGUAGUUUUAGUUAAAAAAAAAAAAAAAUUAAAUUCCUAUGGUAGCUUAACAUUUACGCAUGACAAAACCGCUGAUAAAAAAUAUAUAUAAAUAUAUAAAUAUAUAUAUACAUAUAAAUAUAUUCGAACUGCUUUACGUUUGUAAUUUUCUCUGUUUAUAUAAGUAUAUGCUUUGUAUUGUACAAGUGUAACUAAUGAGUAGUUGACCGUUUACAGUUUCAUUGUUUACUACAAGCCUUGCUCAUUUUGUAGUUGAUUGUACAGGUGUACAUUUGUAAACCUUUUGGCUGUACAUGUCACUGUGUCACCUCCCCACUGUCCGGGGAGGGGCAAAAAAUAAUAAUUUCAGUGUACAUUUGGGUCUCUUCUAUAUUGCCCUGGCAUAUAGUGUUGUAUAAUGUAAAUUUCUUUUCUCUGAAUCAAGUUUUUUUUUUUUUUUUUUUUUUUUUUUUUUUUAACCGGUCUUUAUACAGCUUCAUAAAAUAUAAAUAUAUAAAUACCAGCUAUCCUAUUUAUCUACCGGUGGAAAAUUUGUUCUUGUUUAUACAUCAUGGCUCUAACGUGUUAUUAGAAUGCAGUACGUUGUGCAUAGUAACAAUAAAACGAUUGACUGGGGAAAUUACACGUUCAGGGCGGCCGUAAUGAAAUUGACCUUAUAUAGCCAGUGUAGAUUGAGGUCUUGUAAAAAUCGGUGGGUGGCCAUAGAUUAUUAUAAUUUUUUUUUAAGCGUAGCUGAUCAAAAAAAAAAAAAAAUGUCCCCAUGCACACAAGCGAGGUGGAAAGAGGAAUCCCCCACCACUAAGACAUUGUAUUUUCGCAGUGGGACUCUACCACUGUCAGAUUAUGACCGCCAUACACUUCAGAAGGCUGCCGUCUUUUUAUAUGAAGUAAAUAAAAAUUAGAUUUGCUCCAAAUUCCAUUGUGACUUUUUAAAAAAUGACCUUGACCUACACUGUUACUGAAUAUUUCAAUUUUUUUUAUGACCACCCUGUAUGUGUAUGUACCCCCCAUAGUAAUGUCUUGUAAGUGAACAAGCCAGUGAUUUGCGUUUUGUAUAGGAAAGUACUGUAUUAUUUUUUUUGUCUCCUGCUUGAAAAACCAAGAGAACGUGUAAAUUAUUGUCAAUUUUGGUGAACAUACAGCAUUGUAACAAUAACCUAUAGAUGAUGUACAUUUACAAGCGGCCUUAUGUACAUUUCCCAAGGAUCUUUUUAAAGGCAGAAUUGUGACCACAUGUGUAUAAUUAAAACACUUUUUAAUCCUUU